AUGUCUGCGACAGAGAAGUUGAUCCUGACCAAAGACAGUGUCAGUCUGCUGCCCUGUUUCUAUUUUGUAGAGCUGCCAAUUCUGGUAUCGUCUGUGGUAAGUCUGUACUUUCUGGAGUGGACUGAUGUGUUCAAGCCAGUGAAGUCUGGCUUCACCUGCCAUGACCGCAGUCUGAGUUUGCCCUACAUUGAUCCCAACCAUGAGGUCAUCCCCCUGCUGAUGCUGGUCAGCUUGGCCAUCGCUGGACCUGCCAUCACGAUAAUGAUUGGAGAGGCCAUCCUGUUCUGCUGUCUAUCUCGGAGGAAGAAUGGCACCUGGGCAGAGGUCAACAUCAACGCCGCUGGCUGCAACUUCAACUCCUUCAUACGCAGAGCCGUACGCUUCGUUGGUGUUCAUGUGUUUGGUCUUUGUGCCACUGCCCUCAUCACUAACAUACUCCAACUGAUGACAGGCUAUCCAACACCCUACUUUCUCACUGUGUGUAAACCCAAUUACACAACGCUCAACGCCAGCUGUGAGCAGAACCCCUACGUCAUGGAGGAUAUCUGCUCAGGCGCUGAUCCUGCAGUGAUUAACCAGGGCAGAAAAUCCUUUCCAUCGCAGCACGCUACCCUCGCAUCCUUUGCUGCUGUCUAUGUUUCGAUGUACUUCAACAGCACUCUGACAGAUUCAUCCAAGUUGCUGAAGCCCCUGCUGGUCUUCUCCUUCAUUAUCUGUGCCAUCAUCUGUGGUCUGACCAGGAUUAUUCAGUACAAGAACCACGCCAUUGAUGUCUACCUGGGCUUCCUGCUUGGAGGAGCUAUAGCUGUCUACCUGGGAUUGUAUGCAGUUGGGAAUUUCCAGCCUAGUGAGGAGUCGGGAGACAGCCCCCCUGCACUGCUACACCGACCCCCCUGCUCUUUGCCCCACAUAAGCCAGGAGGCCGUCCUCCACCACCUGCAAAUGAAAGCCAGCAUGGCUGGUGAGGCAGGCAUACCCACCUCCCACUCUGAGGGCCUCCUCCACCGAGGUCUUCAGCAGCAGAGGCCCGAUGACAGCCUGAAGCACGCUGGUGCAGACGUGGAAGUGAUCUCCCCCCACAGCCCCCAAAGCAAAAACGCCAUGGUGACUUUUAGCCACACCCUUCCUCGGGUGCACACCCCCCAGGCCAUGGCAGCUUAUGAGGAAGCCGCCAGACGUCAUGCUGCCACCAUCCACCAUGCCUCCGUGGACUCUAGCCGCUCAAAGCAGCUUCUGUCUCAAUGGAAAAGUAAGAACAACAACCACAAAUGCUCUCUGCAGCUCCCAGACUCCUUCUCUUCUUCUGUAGACUCAUCAUCUGGCAAUUCUUCCCAGCAUCCGCGCCACCAUGGCAGUAUGGAGCUCCGAUCCAGCUCUGAGCCUUCAGCUAUGGGUCUGAAUGGAGGCUUUGAUGGUCAUGCAUACAUGUCCAAACUGGCCACUGGUGCUAGUACCACCCUGCCUAGUAACUGUAGUGGCAUUACUGGAGGGGCUAGGAUAUCCCUGCAAUCUAGACCUGGGUCUUCACAGCUGGUCCACAUACCAGAGGAAGCAAAUGACAAUUACAACACCACCUCCCCAAGGACAGUUGGAGGAGGAGGAAAUAAGGGGAUGUCAACAGUAAAUAGCACAAUUCACGCUAACUGGCAAAGGGCAGCAGAGAAGACAACAGCCUGUAGGACUAACAAGAAUGGUCAGAACACCCAGCAGCGAAUCAUGCAAGUGAUUGCCAUGUCCAAGCAGCAGGGCCUACUACAGACCCAUUCCAAGAGCUUAGAUGAGAGCAGCAUAGGCUGCAGCACCACUGGGAGUUGCCAGGGCUCUGUUCACUACAGGGUGCUAACUGAUCAAGAACCUACCGGCACCACAGGGCCCAGCUCACUAGGCAGCACCACAGGCAGUAUUUCAGAGAAUACCGGAGCAAUUGUCAGAGUAGAGGCCCACCCUGAGAACAACAGGCCUGUGAUUCAGGCUCCAUCCACAGAUGGUUGCGGAUCAUGGAGGUGGCGGUCCUUGGAUCAUGGCACUGGAGCUGGUGGAGGUGCAGGGACUAGUGGAGCAGGAGGAGGAUCAGGAGGAGGAGGUGGGAGUUUGAGGCAGUCCUUUGAACUCAACGAUCUAAACCGAGACUCAGAGAGCUCAGACUCGAUACAUGAAGGGUCCAUUGACAGGAAGCGUGCCAAUCACAUUGUAACCACCACUGCCACUGUUAGCACCCCACCCAUAGUUACUGUUCACACCCAGAACACUGGCCAGUCAGAGCAGAGGCUCCAGCCCCAGGGCCUUUCCACCAUAAGGGUCACUCCAGGGGAUGGUAGUGGUUCUGGAUCUGGAGGAGGUGGUGGCAGAGGAGGAGGUGGAGAGACUGCUUCAGAAACCCUCUCAGUCGCCUCCAGUCGGGAGUCCAUGCUGCAGAGAAAAGGCAAUAAUAUCAUCCUGAUUCCAGAGAGAUCCAACAGCCCGGAUAAUACCCGGAAUAUUUUCUACAAGGGAACGUCGAUAACUCCCGUUUUCAAGGACUAAAACAUAAAAUAACUCAAGACUUCUGAGAAGAUGCAGCUAAUAAUGCAACACAGCUGAAUUUUCAGAGAACCCAAUAUCUGUGAUAACAGUCAGUAUUUGCUGCCAUUGUAUAUAUCAUAAUAACUUCAAAAGAAAAUGUUUAUUCAGCAUGAGAUUUUUGUACAUGUUUACACUAAAGCACAACCUUUUAAGUGUUGUAGAAAUAAUCACUGUGUACUUUUGUGGUCACUCCUUUGGAAACCUAUUGUAAUGUUGAUGCUGUACUGUGUCCAGUGCUUUGGGGAGAGGAGAACCUUUUUUAAACAGUUCUGUAUGUUUUGGAUAUAAAUCAUCACAAAAAGAAGAAAGUGAGUAGCACAGUAAUCUUAAAACUGUAGCAAACUAUUGCACAAAUAAUUGUAUCAUAGCAGUGUAACCAGUGUUUACUUCCCUGCACUGUAAAUACGGUGUAUGUUUGAAAAGGGUGCUACACUAGAACAUACUAUUUACUAUACA